AUGGUUAGGGCGGAAGAAAAGGCGUACACCAGAAGGCUUCGAGUUUACAAUUGGAACCAGAGGCUUGAGAAGCUUGGAGGCAAGCCGAGUGGGCUCUCCGAUACAGAGGGACUCUUCUUGUUUCUCAUCAGUAUCGACUUCACCAAAAAAAUCCCCAAUGAAGGCAUCGCCCAUACCACCAAUACAAGGAACCAGAAGGUGGUUCCGUUCGAACACAGACAACUUUUGUCUCGGGACUCCACCGAGAUGUUGUCUCGCAGUGUCCUUUCGGCUUCCGAUCACUUCCUCCCGGAGACGGUCCAACCGCUGGGGGCGCAGAUCUCGGAUUGCCUUCUCCGUCUUUACCGCUUCAGCCCGGAUCGGCUGCUUCGGCCCGUUUCGCCCAGGAUUGUUAUCGUAAUUGAAGUAUCUCAGACCAGAAUCGUGGAGUAUUGCUCGCGUGAGGAGAUGGGUGGAAUGGAGUAUCAAAUUCCAUUUACUUCUAUGUAUACACGGAACAGUAUUGACGAUCUGGAGUGGGAUCCGUGGGAUUGGGUCUACGACCUCGAAGCACACCGGAAGUAUGAGUUGUUACGGAAUAGCUAUACCGAAGAGGUUCUUUGCAUCCUGCAUAGUCUGACGUACUGGCUCGAUGUAAAGAAUUCCGCCCCCAUCUGGCCCAUAACCGUUGAUGAUCCGUUAGGCUUUGUCCUAUUACCGCUUGCAUUUCCUUCCGAGGCAAUGGAGGAAUCACAUGAUGGAACCUGCGCAGUUUGUCUUGAAUGGUUAACCUUGACCGGCGAAGGCGAGGCAGUGGAAGUAGCAAGGACGCCUUGCAAUCAUGUUUUCCACUUGCAUUGCAUCGAUCAGUGGUUAGGCAAGACUUCAAGCUGUCCCAUGUGUCGGUUUCUUCUGCCGUAUGGAACUGCUUCUUUGUCUUAG